UCUCUCGGGAGGAUGAGACAGCCAGGGGGCUGUGGCGGAGCUGUGGUUGCUGGGUGACAGUGGGGAGCAGGGACAGAGUGAGUGUCCGCUGGCCCGUGGCGACGUCCGGGGUGACCUUCGAGCUCCGGACGGGCGCAGCGCGAGCGCCCUGACGGGCCGGGCAAGGGCCGGGCAAGGGCGACGGGCGGCCAGCCUGUGGGAAGGCCCUGUCCAGGUGCAUAAUGGCAGAAACUGUAUCUCCACUGAAGCACUUCGUGCUGGCAAAGAAAGCCAUCACUGCCAUCUUCGGCCAGUUACUAGAGUUUGUUACUGAGGGCUCACAUUUUGUUGAAGCAACAUACAGGAAUCCAGAACUUGAUCGAAUAGCAUCCGAGGAUGAUCUGGUGGAAAUACAGGGCUACAGAAACAAGCUUGCUGUCAUUGGGGAGGUGCUGUCUCGGAGACAUAUGAAGGUGGCAUUUUUUGGCAGGACAAGUAGUGGCAAGAGCUCUGUCAUCAAUGCAAUGCUGUGGGAUAAAGUCCUCCCCAGNGGGAUUGGUCACACAACCAACUGCUUCCUGAGUGUCGAGGGGACCGAUGGAGAUAAAGCCUACCUUAUGACCGAAGGGUCAGAUGAAAAGAAAAGUACUGUUAAUCAGCUGGCCCAUGCCCUCCAUAUGGAUAAAGACUUGAAAGCUGGCUGUCUUGUGCAUGUAUUUUGGCCCAAAGCAAAAUGUGCCCUCUUGAGAGAUGACCUGGUUUUAGUAGACAGCCCAGGUACAGAUGUCACCACAGAGCUGGAUAUCUGGAUUGAUAAGUUCUGCCUUGAUGCUGAUGUCUUUGUUUUGGUUGCAAACUCGGAAUCAACACUGAUGAACACGGAGAAACAUUUUUUCCAUAAGGUGAACGAGCGGCUCUCCAAGCCCAACAUUUUUAUCCUGAAUAACCGUUGGGAUGCUUCUGCCUCGGAGCCGGAGUACAUGGAUGAUGUGCGCAGACAGCACAUGGAGAGAUGUCUUCACUUCUUNGUAGAAGAGCUCAAGGUUGUAAGUCCGUCGGAAGCUCGGAAUCGGAUCUUUUUUGUUUCAGCCAAGGAAGUUCUCAACUCCAGAAAGCAUAAAGCUCAGGGGAUGCCAGAAGGUGGUGGGGCACUUGCAGAAGGAUUUCAAGCAAGAUUACAGGAGUUUCAAAAUUUUGAACAAACUUUUGAGGAGUGUAUCUCGCAGUCAGCAGUGAAAACAAAGUUUGAACAGCACACUAUCAGAGCUAAACAGAUACUAGACACUGUGAAAAACAUACUGGACUCAGUAAACGUGGCAGCAGCAGAGAAGAGGGUUUAUUCAAUGGAAGAGAGGGAAGACCAAAUCGAUAGANUGGAUUUUAUCCGAAACCAGAUGAACCUUUUAACACUGGAUGUUAAGAAGAAGAUCAAGGAGGUCACGGAGGAGGUGGCAAACAAGGUUUCUUGUGCAAUGACAGAUGAAAUUUGUCGACUCUCUGUUUUGGUUGAUGAGUUUUGUUCUGAGUUCCAUCCUACCCCCAGUGUACUGAAAGUGUAUAAGAUUUCCCUGGGCUGGUCUUCCCUUGUACAUCGAUUCCUGGGUUCCACAAAUGCACAGAGGGUGCUGCUUGGGCUGUCAGAGCCCAUCUUUCAAGUCCCUAGAUCUUUAGCUUCAACUCCUACUGCUCCUUCUAACCCAGCAGCACCGGAUAAUGCAUCCCAGGAGGAGCUCAUGAUCACCCUGAUCACAGGAUUGGCAUCCCUCACGUCUAGAACCUCCAUGGGCAUCAUCGUUGUUGGGGGCGUGAUUUGGAAAACAGUGGGCUGGAAACUGAUCUCUGUCACCUUAAGUAUGUACGGAGCNUUGUACCUUUAUGAGAGGCUGACGUGGACGACCCGUGCGAAAGAGAGAGCGUUUAAGCAGCAGUUUGUAAACUAUGCAACCGAGAANCUGCAGAUGAUUGUGAGCUUCACCAGUGCAAACUGCAGCCACCAAGUACAGCAGGAUGUUACUCAGAAACAUCUGGAAGAGGAAAUUGCAAGAUUAUCCAAAGAGAUAGACCAACUGGAGAAAAUACAGAACAACUCAAAGCUCUUAAGAAAUAAAGCUGUUCAACUUGAAAGUGAGCUGGAGAAUUUUUCGAAGCAGUUUCUACACCCGAGCAGUGGAGAAUCCUAACGACAGAGGCACUGUAGGNGGAAGCGGACUUGGAAGAUGGGAAAUGUUACUUUAUGAAAUGACCUCAGUACAAAUUACUCACUCUUAGUAUCGAUGCCUUGCGGAGAUUGUGGUAAUGACCUGUCUCAGGGGUUGCACCUUUGGAAGUGUUGUGAUUCACCUUGUCUUAGCAUUAGUUUGGAGUAAAGACUGAAUUGUUAAGGUUANAUGAUGAAUUCCUUUAGAAACAGUGGAACCGGCUGUGCGGCCCCUGAGGGUGGGUCCUGCAGCUCCUCACCAGCUGGCUGUCUGCGGCUCUCAGAAGCUGCUUCCUGGCAUCCAGGAGUUAGAGACCUUUUCAUCCUUUCUCAGUGCUAGUUCUCGAUGCUUCUUUAAUGGGAAAAGUGAACUUGUUUAUAAGCCGAUUUGCUCAAACCAGGGGUGUGGGCUGCUCCUGGGGGGUCCUGCAAUCACUCUGUCCUCACAGCAAGGAUGUAACCACUACUAAACAGUUUUUACUUUCCUUUAUUCCCAUUAAAGCUGAUGUGAAAUAGUAA